GAACCGUGGCCAUGCUAAAACCCCGUCUCUCUUCUUCUUCUUCUUCGCAAAAACCCUAACUUUAACUGCUCGCGACACCUUCCGCUAAAUCCGGGCGAAUCUCGGAGUAGAUUUCGUGCGUCGCAUUCGACAGGCGAAGAGAUGCUGCGCAGGAACAUCAGGUUGCGGAGGGAGUACCUGUACCGGAAGAACUUGGAGGGCAAGGAGCGGUUGCUCUACGAGAAGAAGCGGAAGAUCAAGCAAGCCCUCGAAGAGGGAAAGCCGAUUCCGACUGAGCUGAGGAACGAGGAGGCCGCGCUCCGGCAAGAGAUUGACCUCGAGGAUGAGAACACUGCUGUCCCGAAAACACACAUUGAUGAUGAGUAUGCACAUGCCAUGGAGAGAGAUCCAAAAAUACUACUCACUACAUCGAGGAAUCCUAGUGCUCCUCUUAAACAGUUUAUAAAGGAACUGACAAUUGUAUUCCCUAAUGCACAGCGUAUGAAUCGUGGUGGUCAGGUUAUAUCUGAAAUUAUUGAAACUUGCCGAGCACAUGACUUCACUGAUGUGAUCUUGGUUCAUGAACAUCGUGGUGUGCCAGAUGGUUUGAUAAUAAGCCAUCUACCUUUUGGUCCAACUGCAUAUUUUGGAUUACUCAAUGUGGUUACAAGGCAUGAUAUUAAGGACAAGAAGGCGAUUGGCACUAUGCCUGAGGCCUAUCCUCAUUUGAUUCUUAACAACUUCUCGACCAAGUUGGGACAAAGAACGGCCAAUGUUUUAAAGCAUCUAUUUCCAGUGCCUAAGCCCGAUACCAAACGCAUUGUUACUUUUGCUAAUCAGUCUGAUUACAUUUCCUUCAGGCAUCAUCUUUAUGAGAAGCAUGGCGGUCCCAAAAGUGUCGAGCUCAAGGAAAUAGGCCCUCGGUUUGAAUUACGCCUAUAUCAGGUAAAAUUGGGCACAGUGGAUCAGACUGAAGCUCAAAUAGAAUGGGUCAUCAGGCCGUAUAUGAACACAUCCAAGAAAAGGAAGUUCAUUGGAGACUGAUGGGAGUUGGAUCAUUUCCACAGGGAUGUUUACCCCUUGGCUUGAAAUCUCUUGAAGUUUGGAACUGCAGCAACUGGUUACAAACAUAAUGAAGGGGAGUUUGCAAAGUCUACCUUCACUUAGCUACAUGUGUAUCCAUGGCAAGUGCGAUGAGGUGACAUCGUUUCCAGAGAACACGCUAUUACCACCCACCAUUACGUCUCUAUACAGCUGGAAUUUCGGAAAUUUGAAGUCUCUGAAGGGUGAGGGGCUACAAUACUUGACGUCUCUUAAAAUGUUGAGCAUCCUAGGAUGCGGUCAGCUUCAGAGUAUGUCUCUCCAGAGGCUUCCCGACUCUCUUACCUCUCUUGUUAUCUUAUUCUUGUCCUUUGCCGAAAGAGAGGUGCCAAAAGGAGAAAGGGAAAGAUUUGUUGAAGAUUGCUCCCAUCUUUUGUAUUCAGCUUGAUGAUGAAAUCAACAUCUAACCAGAAACAGGAGAGCAGACGUCGUUGUGCGUUGUCCAGUUUUAUCAGGUAACCAAUUCAGGCUCCACGGCUUCCAAGAGAGAGUUUAGUCUAGUCUUCUCAUUAGAUUGUUGGUGACCUUCUUGGUGAAUUUCUCUUUCCUUUCUUUUUUCCCAGCCCGGAGGGUGAUUAUAUCUGCUUAAUGAAUCCCGUACUGCCGUGUGCUUUUUGAUGGUUAUCUCCUGUUGGAUGUCACCAACGUGCUGCUUGCUCAUGUUACUUCAUGCUGACAGAAGAUUAUGUCCCGUGCAUCUGCUGGUCUCUCUGCUUUUGUCAUUUCAUGAGAAGACUACAAACAAAACGGUUUUCGACAUUCAAUAAUGUGUAUAGUCGUUAGUUCAAAGACGGGGACACAUAGGUGCUGCUCGAAUUUGCUUGAUUUGUGAAGAUGGUGUUGUAGUUUAUUUAGAGAGUCUAAAACUAACAAUAGCCCACUUCUUCUUACGUGAUAAAUAGAUAAAUGAAAAGGUAGAUAACGCAAGUUGCUACAAACUCGAUAAGUAUACGAUUAGGCUACAUCGCAUAUGUUAAUCUUGUCCUCUAUCAAAACUCCCAAGAACAUGAUUAGAUCUCAAUGAAACUCAGCCAGAUUUCAUCAAUUUACGGACUUGCCAGGAUUCGCCUAGAUCAACUCACAACCCUAACAUCAUGCAGGAUCAGCUCAUAUGACUGCAUCGUUUUGCCAUUCAGCUUUAUUGAUGCAGUUAGCAGUUCCAAGGUAAACCAUGAAGAUGCACGACCGAGGAAGAAAAAUCUUCCAUAAGGACAAAAAAUAGGGGAAGAAAAGAUUGAAUUCUUCAGACGUUUAAUGGCGAAACUUUGGAAACCAAGCCAUGGAGAAGCAGAACUUGAAAGAAAAAAUAUUGUCAAAACUUCAAGAUUGGCUGCAUCUAAUAUUACCAAGAUCAAUAAUUAGGCACUGUACAGCAGAAACUAUGCUACAAUUCGUACCCUGGACCCUGAGGAUGCACUUAACAAUAUCUUCCAGUACAGUAUUUCAAAAUCGCAACUUUCACGUGGCUCCCCUGGGAACAGAGAACAUUAGAUAUCUUACCAUUUGAUAGUAUUCUUGAGAAACUGCUCAUCUCGUCUACAAGUGGAGCCGACUAUGAGAAAGAGGCUCAACUGCAUCAUUCCAAUCCUCCGGGAACUGCUCCUUGACA